UGCUGGAUAAAAGACAUUGUUGUGGCAGUGACAAGGGAGAACAUGGAAGCAAUGAGAAACAUCAUCCAGCGGUAUGGGCACAAGCGCAUCUCACUGGCCGAGGCUGGAGCCACACGCCACAGGUCAAUUUUCAAUGGACUGAAAGCCCUGGCAGAGGACCAGCCAGACUGUAAGCUCACUAAACCAGAAGUUGUCAUUAUCCAUGACGCUGUGAGACCGUUUGUUGAUGAAGAUAUUCUCCUGAGAGUUGUCACAGCAGCUAAUGAACAUGGGGCAGCUGGAGCAAUUAGACCUCUGGUGUCCACUGUUAUCAGUCCCUCUGCUGAUGGCUGCUUAGACCAUUCCCUGGACCGUGCUAAACACCGGGCAAGCGAAAUGCCACAGGCUUUUCUCUUUGAUGUGAUUUAUGAAGCAUAUCAACAGUGUAGUGACUAUGACUUGGAAUUUGGAACAGAGUGCUUGCAGUUGGCCCUAAAGUACUGUCACACAAAAGCAAAACUUUUAGAAGGGUCCCCUGACCUCUGGAAGGUGACCUACAAACAAGAUCUGUAUGCAGCUGAAUCAAUGAUUAAGGAGAAAAUUUCACAAGAGAUUUGUGUGAUUGAGAACACAAAAGAUGAAGAAUCUGUAGGGUAUCUUCUCAAGGAAGUGCUAAGAAAUGAAUUAAAUUUCGUUAACAUCACAUCCACACCUCUGGAGCACACAGGUGGAAACAUUCAGAACUUCCUCAUAGCCCAGUGCUAUUCCUUCAUCUGUGUGAAUGUUGUGUCCUCAAAUUUUCAAGAAACCCAGAAGUUCCUGGGCACACUUGAAGAGAGCAGCCUUCCUCUCUUGUAUCCUGUAGUUGUUGUUUUGGUAUAUUUUCUUGACUUGACCUUAGUGCCACUCACUCAGGAGAUGGAAAACCUGAUGUGGAUAAGGGAAUUGGCAAAGGAAGUGAAAAAGAGGAAUGUUUUAUUAAGUGGACUCCUCAUAAACUACUCACAGGAUGAGCAGAAACUGCAAGAGAGUUUACGACAAGGUGCUUCCAUCAUAGGUGCCUUAGUUAAAGAAAGAAGUUCUGCACUUGCUGGUCAGCUCCUGGUGGCAUGAAAAACACAGAUAAAGUCAUCUAUAAGCUUCCAAAGACACAUCCCUAAGACUCUCUUUUGUACUUGAUUCCCUACUUCAAUGUCUCCUCCUUAUGUGUGAUAGAGUACUUUAGUUGUUUUCUUCAUCUUGCUACUCUCAUAGAAUGUGAUGCGUAUGUUGAAAAAAAUGGGUUAAUCUUCAUGUUCAUAAAAUUAUGUGUGUCAAAUAAAAAUGUCUUCAAGCAUAGAGGGAUAGAUAAAUGAAAAAUACUGUUUUUAUGUUAGAACCUGCUUGCUACUACAAGGUCUAAUCUCUUUAAGGAAUGAGAAUUUAGACAGCUUGGUUAUUCUCUAUGUUAAUUAACUGUUUGGUCAUGUUUUAAUGGAGAUAAUGAAUAAGCUUCAUUAUUAUUCUUAAUUUUAAAAUUGUCCUUUUGCUAUGUGAUGUAUCUUUUUUGCCUCGGUUUGGAAUUCAUCACAACUUAUAAGGAAGAAGGGAACUGGUUAAUUGGAUCAGUGAGAAAGCAUUUGCUGUGUGUGGAGCAAAAUCACAAAAGAAAAAGAGAAGGCUUGGAAACAUGGGGUAUAAACAGCAAAUGGAAUGUCUCUUUUCUUCACCUUUCUCUCCUCUAAAUCUCUCAAUAUCUAAAGAGCCUGGAAUUCCCUUCUACUCUUCUAUCAUUUUAAAAUUGUAUGCUUUUUUCCUUUGGCUUAUCAAAUGUUAUUUGACAUUAUUUUAAAGAGUGUACUCCUUCUAGGUAGUUUCAGAAAAGUCUGGAGAGCUUCAUGAAGUUGCUUGUGUCAGUCCCUGGCUGUGGUCUUCUGCAAUGCAGGGCUACCUGAGCUGUGAAGUUGGGUACUCUUGAUGCAGGAACUAUGGCCUUGCAAAACCAAGAUUUUUUUCUUCCAAUUUCUAUUAGCCACACAUAUUAACUUUUAAUAUUUCCCUUAUGUUGAGUUUAAUAAUGACACAUGCAGUCAUUAAAAUACCUUUUCUUCUAUACAUAAAUCCGCUUUAUUGAAAUACACUAAAUCAGAAUAUGCUGGGACUUGCAUUGCAUGGAGAAAUUAUAAGAACUGCAUGAAAUGUGUUUGUUCAAGAUUGUCAAUAAAAAUAUCCACUUUCUGAAAUAUCUCCCAUAACAUGUUAACUGAAUUCCUGUAUAUUUUUUGAGUUUCAAUACAACAUCAGAGUUAAUGUGUUAUAUUUGAGUGUUGAUGAGAUCUCAAGUACUAAUAUUGUAUCAGAGUUUAUAUUUUAAAUAAUAGAGGGAAGAAUGCAAUGGGCAUUGCAUUCUUAUUGUUAUUGCAGGGCUUCUUCUAAAUUGAAAUGGGUUUAUUGAUUGUAAAUAUGGAUAAAAAUUAGUGAGCUUAUCAUUUGUUCUCUGUAUUAAGAAAUAUAAAUCAAUUAACUCAAAUUCACAGAGGUGAAAAUGUAACACGAGAAAUAAAAGUACCCAGAUACAGAUAUUGGGGUUCAAGCUACAAGCUGAAGAUCAUAAAAGGAAAGCAGCUGUCACUAGCUCUUACUCUACUUCAGACUGAAAGAUGAUCCUGCCUCCAUCAAACAUCAGACUAACCCCAGACUUCUAUGCUUUCCCGACCCGUCCAGCAGGUCCAGUUAUUCAGGGUCUGAAGAGGUUCUGCCUGAAAAGAAUCAUGGGUGGGAGAAAAGAAGGAGACCAUGCAAGCAUAAGUCUUUGUCACAGUCUCAUUUUAUUGAAGAAGGAGUAAGACUUAUAUAGGAAUGUGGCA